GCGGCCUCGCUGAUUACUUGCAUUCGCAUUCCCAUGCUUCUGCGACCAUGUGUCGCUGGUACAUUACAUUUUAACUUUAUACAAUCCGAUUUCUUAACCCACAUCAACUGGGGACGCUCCGUUGCGCAUACCUCUCGCCGCACUGCAGUGCCGACGAACCCCGCCAACUAAAAUUCCGCCUGCGCUGCUACGUGUUCCCACGCCUUGAUGACUGCUUGAUACAGCAACUCCGCAGACACGCCGCAUUCCUGGGGAUAUCCACCGUGCGCCACUAUGGGCCACGCCUGGCUCGACUCUCUGUCGGAGGACUGGGUGUCGCAGCCCGGAUCCCCGGCCAACGACGGCUCCUUUGCCGAAGCUGCAACUCCGUCCCCGGCCACGAAGCCGCUCCCAAAGCCGAAGACUCCUAGUAGGAUACCGCGAUUUAGCCCGCACCAUAAGAAAUACCAAAAUUCCAUCGAUGGCAGCAGUAGCAACGGAGGCAAAGUCCUCGGCGAACGGAGCCUCAACGAGCGGUUAGCCGCCUUGUCCCGUCCCACGCCGUCCAAGCUCUCGCAGGAGAUCAGUCCCAGUGGCCGCGACUGCCAUGCCUGCCGCUCCGCCUCUGCUUCGGCAACCAACUCGGUCGUCCGCAGAACAUUCCUUCGCAAAUCAACGGGCGCAUCACAAGACAAGGGGAAGGAAGGGGAAACGCCCGAGUGGAAGAGGCGCUUGGUCUAUGGCGAUUUGUCUUAUGGGGAACAGCGGGACCUCUUCACAUCUGCAGGGACAGGGUUGGAGAACAUCUUCAAGCCGCCUCAGCAGACACCGGGUCCAUCAAGAGGGGGCGAUGUCGAUGCUUCCUCGCAAGUAGAAGAACCGCAAGUGGAUGCCGCCAUGCCAUCUAGCCCGCCGCUCUAUCAACGCGAUCCCUCGACAGUCGACAUCCACGUGGACGGGCCGAUGGAAGAACAAGAGCUUCCCCAACAACCCCAAAGACAGGGGCCCGCGGGGAUGCGAUAUAGACGCUCUGAGGAGUCGCCCGAUGCGAGCAGGUUAUCCGACGCCGGUAUGCCGCCAAGUGGCCGUUCCCAGGGAGGCACCCAGGCGGAUCAAACAGCACUGUCGGAGGACGUUGAGUCGCGCAGAGUCAGUGGCCGAAGCGACUUGCGCCACGAAGACUUUAGUCCCAUUCUGCUCGAGCGGCGUGAGGCGAGCAAUGGCAAGACGAUUUAUGGGCCGGCAGACCUUCCGCCGGACGAGCUUCGGAAGCGACUGGAGACACUACAGCUAAGCCAGAAGUACCUCACGGGUGGUGCCGAUGAGGGCUCUGUCCGUGUAAACACCGCAUCACGGAAUGAAGGGGCAGGGGAGUCUUAUGGCAGACUGGAGGCAUUCAUCAACUUUCAAAGGGGUGGUCGAUCCAACGAGGGAUCAUUCCGCAACCGUGUGCUGAGCUCUGCUCUUAGCGACAGCUCUGAGCUCCAUCCGGAGGAGUCAUUGCAGGCGAGUACGCCGAAGCAAUUCCCCACAGUGAGAGUCGAGCGCUGGGACUCGUCUGAGAACAGCCCGGACCUCCCCCGUGCUCCUGAUCCGAGCCCUGACAAGGGUCUCGCACCACCCCAACCAGGCAACAACAGCCCUUUGAAACUGUUCCAGCCUUACGACACUUUUACCAGUCAGACACUGAUGAGGCGGCUUAGCCAAAUGCACGGAGAAUUCGGCGAUAUAUCAUUCUCAAUAGCCGUGGACGGCAACAGCCCGUAUCUAGCUGCGACUCCGUCUUGGUUACUGCCCCCGCCGACAGCGAGUGCGAGUGGGAGCAGGGACCAGCACUCCAGCAAUCCAAAUUGGUUCGGAGUCGGAGAGCUCGAUGGCUACGAGUUCAAUGAGGAAUUUUCUCACAUACCCAACGACCUGUCCGCCAUGGACGGGGACAAGGAGAACCGCGGCCCCCGCGAAGACUCCAUGUCACCUCCGCGGCCCCCUAUUUUCGACGUCAGCCACAACUCUUCCCCCUCGUCGGCAGCAGACGUCGUGGUGCACCGGCGACGGCAAAAGUCUACAGCCUCCCACACGUCACGACGUCCUGGCAGGGCGUCGUUCCCGGCCUAUUCUGACCUGCUCUCUACGCCAGGCAGGCAGAGAGAUGCAUCCGGCUCGGAAAUCAAGCGGCCCCGCACAUCUCCUUCGAAAGACCAUCCUACUCCAAAGCGGCGCAGGACCCUGCACAAGUCUGAUGUUUCAUAUGGAGUAGACGACUUCGACUCGGCAGUCGACUCGGUUCAGCUGUCACACCAGCAAAUGCAGUCCGCUCUUUCCAUGUCCCGCCAAGAUGCGCGGAGCAGCGACCGAUACGAUAUGCAAGAGGCUGUAGCACCUGCAACUGGCCAGGCGGUGCGGCCUCGCACACCGACACCGAGCCAGAGGUCCUCAUUGCAGCGCGAGCGCCAGCCCCUUGCCGAGAUUGAGAGGUCGCCUGCUCGUUCCAGCAGGCAUGGGCAGCCUCCGGCGCCGCUCCCAGUGGGCAGCGCAAGGGAGACGAACAGGAAGGUCUCCAUCAAGACGGAGGACUUCAUAAAUGAGGCCAACAAGAUCAUGGCCAUGAUCCGCAGCAAGGCUGGUCUGCCCAGCGGCCUGGCCAGCGUGGAGGAAUCAGACGAAGAAAAGGUCCAGGGGUCUCCGGAACUGGACGGGUCUUUCGAAGAUUCGACCCAAGAGCCGUUCGACCGGCCACCCAGUCGUGAGGGACGCCCUCCUCUUACUCGCAGAUCCACAAAGCAGGAAGACCCGAUCCUUGCUGAACAGCUCAAGAAGUACAAGGAGGCCAGCGACAUGGGCGACAUGAUUACUUCGUCCGUGCGUUCGAACAAGCUUGCCCAGGAGGUCAAUCAUGCCGCUGAGGAACAGGAGUCGGGAGCGUGGCCCAGCAGGCGGAGCCGGCACUCGGCGUCUGGUGCCGGGACAGUCAGCGACCUGCCCAAAGUCCGCAUUUCCCAAAACACCGAUUGGCAAGAACACCCGUCCACCAACGGCGUUGACGAUAGCGUGCCGUCUCAGGGCUCGGCCAGCUUCCCUACCCAGAGUACUGGAAUGUCCAUGCCGACUGGUUCGUCUAGAGGAUCAUCAAGGGGAUCAGGAUCCGAUGCAAGAAAAACAAUCAUGCCGGAGAGCGUCUCGCAUCUGAUUCCGGACCAGAUCGGGAGUAUGGUUUUGGACAGGCAGCGUAACGUCUGGGUCAGGCGGAAGGGGUCGGAGGAGUCGAGGAGAAGUAGGAGUUUCUCUCAAUCCGUGGCCAGCGAAGACGACCCCUUCGCUGGUAUCCCAGACCUCACCGUCGACGUCACCAGGGAGAUGCAGAACCUGAAAUUGGCCGCCAAAAAGCAGUUCGAGCUUCAAGACCGCCUUCCAGGCGCUGCGGAGAUCAGUCCUACAAGAGCCCCUAGGGUGGGCUCAGCUACAAGGACGACCCCUGAUGCGAGCCCCGAGUCCCUGACCCAUAUCAAUUAUGCAAAUCAUCCAAGCAAUGCCGAAGAGACCGGUGAGCAUGAACCAAGCGGGGACAGCAGUCCAGCGAACGAGCCUAGGCGACUCACCAUCAGCUUCUCCUCUCCCGUUGCAUCCGUGAUCCAGGAUGUCGCCGGUAUCAACGACACGGGUAUGGAGGGAAACAACCGUGACCAGGCCGCUGAGAUGCUAUAUCGAGACGCACCAGCUCGGGACAGGAGGAAUAUCUCGAUUCAGGCAAGGUCCCGCAGCGCUUCGCGCGGCCCAACCCGCUACCUCUCCGUCAAAGGCCGUCCUUUGAUGGGGCGGCCCGUGUCCAGAAUCGAGGAGCGGGAUGAGGAGUCAAGUCCCAAUAGAUCCCAGGAUCAGGAGCCCACUUCUGGGAUGGAACUCAGCGUGCUGGGAGACUACAGCGUUGUCAGUCGCGAGCACGGUCGGCGACAAGCGAGUCUCAGCUUCCUGGUCGCAGCUCCGGCUCAGGGUCAGAACUGCCCUGCCGCAGGGGUUGAUCAGGCCGCCGUCAUCAGCCAGUACGUUGGGACGUUCUCGCUCAGCCCGCUCUCGGAGUUCACCAUCCAUUGCGGCGAGGACACGCUCCCUCUCGAAGCCAGUUAUGUGGUGGAUAAUCACCGCCUGGUUACCGGCGAUCCCUCGAGGCGCGUCAUGUCGAUGAGCAUGCGCGAGCUCGUGGAUAAGCUCGCCGAAGUGGAGCCGUUCGAGCCGUACUGGGAAGACAUGCGGGAGCUGGAGCUGCGCGACAAGGGGUUGAGUAGCCUGCAUACCCUGGACCAGUUCUGCGGGAAGCUCCAAAGCCUGGAUGCUUCCAAGAACAAGAUUAGGAAUCUCGGCGGCGUGCCGUCCUCGGUCUUGCGCCUGAGGAUGACAGACAACCAGCUCUCGAGCCUCACCGCCUGGAACCAUUUGAUGAACCUGCAAUAUGUUGACGUCUCGAACAAUGGGCUUACCAGCCUUUCAGCCUUCAAGAGCCUCAUCCACUUGCGCAGUUUGAGGGCGGAUAACAAUCAGAUUACGAGUCUAGACGGCAUCAAGUUCCACAAGGGGCUGCAGAUGCUGCGCGUCAGGGGCAACCUUAUGGAAGAAGUAGACUUCGACGGAAGCACACUCCAUCAGCUCACCGAGCUGGACCUCAAGGGCAACAGAAUCAGCCAACUCGCGCACGUCGGGCAGCUCCCCGCGCUGAACUCCCUCAACCUUGAAGCCAACCAACUGUCAACCUUCUCCGUCGAGUCCGACGAGCCCAUGCACUCCCUCCGCUACCUCCGCCUGGACGACAACAAACUCACCUUCCUCAACGUCCAAAAACUACCCCACCUCCGCCUCCUGCACGCAGACCGCAACUGCCUCGUGCAAAUAUCAGGCUUCUCCCGCGCCCGCCGCAUCGACAGCCUCUCGCUGCGCGAACAGCGCGGGACCGCACCGCUCAAUCUCGCGCACUUACUCUCGCGCGCCUACGAGGUCCGCAAGCUCUACCUCUCCGGCAACCUCCUCGGCUCCUUCUGCCCGACAAUCGACCUGCUCAACCUGCAGUUGUUGGAGCUGGCCAACUGCGGCUUGUCGGCCCUGCCCGAGGAGGUCGGGCUCAUGAUGCCCAACCUGCGCGUGCUCAACCUCAACAUGAACGCCCUCGCCGACCUGGCGCCGCUGCGGUGUGUGCCGCGGCUGAAGAAGCUGUUUGCUGUGGGUAACCGGCUCGCGGAUCCGGCGAAGGUGGUAAAUACCCUUGCUGGCUUCCAGCAUCUGGUCGUGGUCGACCUGAGGGAUAACCCCGUCACGCAAGGAUUCUAUGCGUCUGUGCUGCAGCAGGUGCGGGUUGUUCUGCGUAGCAAGGUGGGCGGUGGUGGUGGUAAGGGUGGUGAUGAUGGGGAAGAAGGAGAAGAAGAAGUUGGGGAGGCGGAGGAGGAGGAGCAGUUCAUGCUGGCUGAUCAGGACCCAAGGAGGGACGAGAAGUAUUGUGCGCGGUUGGAUAUGGAUACCCGUGUGAAGAGGAGGCUGUAUGAGACCAUGGUGGGGAAGAGGUGUGCCAGGGUGAAGAAGCUGGAUGGCCUGUCGUUGAAGAGAGGGGUAAAGGGCGGGGCGGAAGAUGAGAGGGAUGUGGUGUGGCUUGCUAUGGCGGAGAAGGGGCUUGUGAACGCCGUCGACGAGAAAGUGGAUGCUGGGAAGGGUAAUAAGGCGGUUGAGCGCUGCAGCCGGUGGCCGGCCGAGGACAGCUUUGCUUGACUGUUGAGCUGACGCCGUGUGGGCGUGGGCAUUACGGGCGUUGGAAGUGUGUUGCGCUUUGUUUAUUUCCAGGGUGGAAUGGAAACAGAUGUUGGACUUAGGUAUGGAGGGUUGGUUUCAGGUUAUUUGUAGAGCUUUGGGAGCAGGAUCCGGCACGGCGUUAGGUUGUCUGUAACAGUACUGGUCUGGUGUAUGGUUACUAGCAUUGUAUGCGGCGGUUCUGGGGAAGAUUAGGAUAAUGAUUCAAGGGACAUGGCUUUGGCCAUUCACUACCCCGUUCGAGGCAUGGCAUGGCAUUGCUACUAGUACUCUCAUCAUAACUGUCUGACAUAGGGAUUCUCUAUCAAACCACCCGUAGUAAGGGGCUCUGUUUGACUUGUUAAUUAUUGAUUAGAGCUUAGUACUGUCUGCUACGACACACGGUAGCUAUCACUGAAUCAGGA